AUCAUCUCUGACCUAAAGAAGGACAACUUCAACCUCAGACUCCGCAUCUUCUUCUACGAGGAGCGGCUGCAGCAGAGGUGUGAUGACUCUGUUGAGGAAAUGUACAAAACAGUGAGUGAUCAGAGACAUCAUGAACAGCACAGUCAUGUAACUACUGUACAGGUAGGCUUAUUGUAUAACUACAUGUGUUUUUUAUCUCAACACAGAACAUUGACCUGAAGGUAGAGGUUGAAACACUGAAAGAGGAAAUGAGGGAGCUGCAGAGCGUCUCUGCCCUUGCACUGUAAGUUUAGCCGAGAAUCUUUCAUUUUGACCGACUAUAAAUAAUAUUUGUUGGUAUUGUAUCUAAUCUGCCUGUGUUUUGUAUGAUCUAGUCAAGAUUACCCAGAGCAGAUGGAGCAGCUCCGAGAGUACUGCAACACCAAGAUCCAGCAGCUAGAGAAGGUAUCUGAACAACACAUUUAGGCUGAAGACGUAUUCCAUAACCAAGUGUUCUCCAAUGUCCUCCAAGAUUUGCUGAAUAUCGUUCCCAUUUAUUUCCAGGAUCUGGAUUCAUCCAGAGUGGAGGUGGGGAAGCUGACAACCAUGUUGGAGCAGGAGAGAAUGCGUUGCCUGGAGCUGGAGAAGGAGCUUCAGGGGGAGGGUCACUCCCAAACUGACGUACCCACCCAGACUGACCACUCCAUGUCGGACGCCCCCACCCAGACUGAACACUCCCAGUCCGAUGCACCCACACAGACUGACCCCCUACCCAAGGAACAGGACCCAGACAGGAACCAGAACCCGGAGCAGUUCCAGGACCUACUCAGUCUGCUGGAGGAGAGAGAUUGGUAGGAGCGACUAGAGACCUCCUUAGGUUUAUCUGUUCCCUCCAUGGAAUCAUAAUUAAUUAAGUUUGUCCUUACCUGUUACAGUGAUGUAACAGGUAAGGCUUUGUCGUAACCGGCCGCGACCGGGAGACCCAUGGGGCGGCGCACAAUUGGCCCAGCGUCGUCCAGGGUAGGGGAGGGAAUGGCCGGCAGGGAUGUAGCUCAGUUGGUAGAGCAUGGUGUUUGCAACGCCAGGGUUGUGGGUUCGAUUCCCACAGGGGGCCAGUAUGAAAAAAAUAAAAAUAAAUAACUGUAAGUCGCUCUGGAUAAGAGCGUCUGCUAAAUGACUAAAAUGUAAAUGUACUCUCUCUCUUGCUCCCUCUAAUUAUCUUCUUCUUUCCUUCUCUCUCUUUCUCUCUCUCUGUCCCUCUCUCUCCCCCAGGCUGAUAGAGCAGCUGCAGGCGUCUGUGAAGUCCCAGGAGGUUCUAAUAGACCAGCUGAGAUACAGUGGUGCUGGCCAGGGUAGCGGAGACCAGCCAACAGCCGACCCCGACCGCCAGCUGUCAUCUCUCAUUGCUCAGAGAGAGAUGGACCUGCAGGUCAGUGUGUGUGUGUGUGUGUGUGUGUGUGUGUGUGUGUGUGUGUGUGUUUGUGUCAGUCACUGACCUUUAAAACCUUUAUUUCUCAGGCUCUGGAACAGGAUCAUGGCAGAGAGAAGAGAAAAUAUGACAGACACCUGAAGGUGGGAUGAGACACAAAAUCCAAUAUUCAUGAUCAAAUCAAGCAUCAAAUUCCAUAUUGGCCCAAUCAGAAACAAAAGUUAUCAUAUACAUACACUACAUGACCAAAAGUAUGUGGACACCUGCUCGUUUAACAUCUCAUUCCAAAAUCAUGGGCAUUAAUAUGGAGUUGGUCCCUCCUUUGCUGCUAUAACAGCCUCCACUCUUCUGGGAAGGCUUUCCACUAGAUGUUGGAACAUUGCUGCGGGGACUUUCUUCCAUUCAGCAACAAGAGCAUUAGUGAGGUCGGGCACGGAUGUUGGGCGAUUAGGCCUGGUUUGCAGUCGGCAUUCCAAUUCAUCCCAAAGUUGCUCGAUGGGGUUGAGGUCAGGGCUCUGUGCAGGCCAGUCAAGUUCUUCCACACCAAUCUCGACAAACCAUUUCUGUAUGGACCUGGCUUUGUGCACGGGGGCAUUGUCUUGCUGAAACAGGAAAGGGCCUUCCCCAAACUGUUGCCACAAAGUUGGAAGCACAGAAUCGUCUAGAAUGUCAUUGUAUGCUGUAGCGUUAAUAUUUCCCUUCACUGGAACUAAGGGGCCUAGCCCGAACCAUAAAAAACAGCCCCAGACCAUUAUUCCUCCUCCACCAAACUUUACACUUGACACUAUGCAUUGGGGCAGGUAGCGUUCUCCUGGCUUCCGCCAAACCCAGAUUCGUCCAUCAGACUGCCAGAUGGUGAAGCGUGGUUAAUGAUUCCAGAGAACGUGUUUCCACUGCUCCAGAGUGCAAUGGUGGCGAGCUUUACACCACUCCAGCCGACGCUUGGCAUUGCGCAUGGUGAUCUUAGGCUUGUGUGUGGCUGCUCGGCAAUGGAAACCCAUUUUAUGAAGCUCCCGACGAAUAGUUAUUGUGCUGAUGUUGCUUCCAGAGGCAGUUUGGAACCGAGGACAGCACUCGGCGGUCCCGUUCUGUGAGCUUGUGUGGCCUACCACUUCGCGGCUGAGCCGUUGUUGCUCCUAGACAUUUCAACUUCACAAUAACAGCACUUACAGUUGACCGGGGCAGCUCUAGCAGGGCAGAACUGACUUGUUGGAAAGGUGGCAUGCUUUGACGGUUCCACGUUGAAAGUCACUGAGCUCUUCAGUAAGGCCAUUCUACUGUCAAUGUUUGUCUAUGGAGAUUGCAUGGCUGUGUGCUUGGUUUUAUACUCCUGUCAGCAACGGGUGUGGCUGAAAUAGCUGAAUCCACUAAUUUGAAUGGGUGUCCACAUACUUUUGUAUAUAUAGUGUAGUACAGUGUGUUUGUUGCAGGAACAGAGAAUGACUAGAUAUGUCCCGAAUCUAUAAUAAUUUUGUAAUAAAGAUGAUAAUAAUGGUGCUGAUAACUCACUGUUCAGGAGAUGCAGGAUAUGAUGGCAGAGAAGGAUUUCCAGUUGGCUGAGUGUGAGUUUCAAGUCAAGGAGCAGGAAGCCGCCAUCCAGAAACUCAACCUCAAAAUACAUGAGAAAGAUAGUGGGAAGAAAAAAGCUGUUCAGGUAAGAAUAUCAUCCAUUCAUAGAAAGGGAUGUAUCUCAGUGGUAGAGUGUAUGCUUUGCAUGUAUGAGGCCCUGGGUUCAAUCCCUGGCAUCUACAUAAUUGUUUUGUGGUUGACUUACUUACCUUAGUUGAAUGUGCUGACUGCAAGUUGUUCUGGAUAAGAGCGUCUGCUAAAUUAACAAAAUGUAAAUUAAAUGCUGGAGUAAAUGAGGUUAUAUUAUGUCAAGUUGACCCAUCUUUAACCUCUGUCCCUUUUCACAUUUAGUCAAGCGAUGGAGAGACAGACACGAUCGGCCAGCUUCAGGCAUGUCUGCGGGAGAAGGAGAAAGAACUGCUGACCCUCAACAACCUGCUGUUUAGCCAUGAGGAUACAAUCCAUGUAAGAACUCACAGCUGUUCAUACUCUGACCAAAACUAUUGUGUGUAGAUCCAACCAUCUAUUAUUUAUCUCUUAUUUAUCCAUCCCUGAGUAUGUUGUUGUUGGUUUUUCCCCAGACUCUUGAGAAUGAACUGGCCAAUGAGAAGAUCAAAUAUGACUCAAAGAUGAAGGUAACGCACAGGCCUUUUCUCUCCAGGUCCUCUGUUCUCCAAUUAUGAAGUUAAAUUAUCCACUUCUGCUGUGAAAUGUUUCUGUAAUUCUUCACAUGUUUUUUUAAAUACAUGAAAUUCAGGAAUUGAUAAGCUAAUCAGCUUUAUCAGGAUAGAUAAGCAGAACACCAUUCUAUCUGUUAAAGUACUGUAACUUACAAUUCUGUUCCUUUGUCUAUCAGGAGCUCCAGGAUGCUUUGGAAAAGUCCAAUGAAGAGAUUGCAGAGAAAGACUUCCUCCUAACAGAGAAUGAGAUUAAACUGAAGGAGCUGGAAGCCACCGUAAAGACAUUCAACUGCACACUGCCGGAAAAAGAUCAACUGCUAAAGGUAUUAGGUCUACAACAUGCCAGAAUCAACUAAGCAACACUGUAUGAAAAAGCAUACACGUAUGGUAUCAUAUAAUUUCCAUGGACUGUCAACGCAUUCACUGGAUAAUAUACACAGGAGUGUGAAAGUGAACCAAUUUUGACAUUCUCUUUCUCAGGAGGGCCAUGUGUGCACAUGCCCUGACAUUACCACUGGUCACCAGCAGGAAUCAGUGUCACAGCAGCAGCUUGAAGAGGUGAAGGAGGCUUCUGAGGUGAGAUUCACUGUCACACAUAUCACUUUCUUUCGGGCUUUUGCUCUGUACAUUUCCAUACCUUUGUUUUUUGUUAGAAAUAGUAUAGAUUGAAAGCCUCAACUAGCUAUAUGUUUUCUGGUGCAGAGAGCCAGGGAAGAGCUGCUGGCUGUGGUAGAGCUGAACAACAGGGAGAUUGAGCGUCUUCAGAAGUCUCUGCUGGACAUCCAAACACACCCACCUGCCCAAGAAGACCUCCUGUCUCACAUCCAAGAUGCUAUAAACGUACUUUACCUCAAUGCAUACUAUUUAAUUGUGGAGAUUCCAUUACUUAACCACAUAUUGAUUGCAGUUUGCUAAUUGAUAAGAGCGUCCCUAUAUUUUCCUAGCGAGCCAAGGAUGAUAUCCUCACUGCCAAUGAAGGGAAAGGAAACGACAGCUCUUCAAAGCUGUCUCUACUGCUGCAGAAGCUAACCAAUCUGCAAGAUAGGAACGACCAGCUGUCUUGCUGUCAACAUCUGAUAAAUGUGUGUUUACCUCACUUGCCUCCCCCUCUGGUGAUACUAUCUCCCCUGUUCGAAUUGUAUUCAUACGUCAAUCAUCUUACUUUUUUUGAUGUUGUAUGUUAUUAAUGUCAAUAAUACAAUGUACUGUGUUGAGCAGAGUGUGAGUGCUCUGAUGCGACAGCGAGACGUGGAGAUGAAUCAGACCAGGGAUGUGUUUAAGCGUCUGCAGGGAGCCAAGCAGGAUCUGGAGGAGAGACUGUGCCAAACACUACAAGACAAGGACAGGGCCUUUGCACACCUACAGGACGCUCUGGACAGGAAGAACAAGGACGUGGAGGUACAGGAGGACAAAAUUAUGCUUUUGAAUGCUAUAUUCAAAAAAAAAAAAGCUACCCAGAAGAUUCUGGACAUUACUAAAUAAACAGCAAGCAGAUUUAAAAAUGGUUUGGAGAAAACAACAACACCCUAGCGAAGUCGAACAUGAGCUAAAAAAAAACUAUCUUGUUCAAAUGAAACUCAUUCAGAGUUUCUCUCAUAUUGCCGGUAAUAUCUCUUCAGGUCAUGGCUGGUCAGUUCCAGAGCCAGAUGGAGGAAAGCAACAGGGAGCUAGAACGACUGGAGCAGGGACUGAGAGCGACAACAGACAUGUUGGCUCAAACCAAAGCAGAUAAGCAGAGACAGCUGACUGACCACCAACUCACAGUGGAAGAGCUCCAGUCUGCCACCAGUAUCAAUGCUCAAGUGCUAAAGGUAACAGAUACCUCAAUGUUCUGCCUUUUAGGACAAAUCUACAAGGAAUGUAUGUCCUUAUACAAGAGUCACAUAGACUAGGGGUCUCAAACCUAGGAAGCAGUUAUUUUGUAACUAUUUGUCUAUAUGAACCUAACUCUCAAGUGCAUAACUCUCAAGUGAUUGCAGUGGAGUGGAGACCCAUGGUCUACAACAAUAUGUGACUCAUUGAGUUGAUAAUAUAGGUACUCAACCUGCUGCAAUACAUCUGGUGCUAAGUGAUAGAACAUCAGAUAUCAUUUCAGGAUUCUUAUUCCUGUCUCUCUCCUGUAGUCUUUAGAGUCAGUGAUGAAGGGCUUGGACCAGGAGCUCCAGGAGAAAGACUAUAUAAUCUCCCAGUUACAGGAGGUGGUCAACAGGAACUCAGAGGAUCUAGAGGUAGAGUGACAAUUCUAAGUAAUUAUUUGGUCAUGCUUAUAUAAUUACAAUUUCACAGUGUAAUUUCUAGUUGUGGAAUUAAAAUGGGAAAUGUAUUGUACCUAUUUCUGGACUGUUUGUCUCAUCUCUUUCCCCAGAUCAUGGUUGGCCGGUUGCAUAGCCAGGCUAAGGAUAGCAACAAAGAGCUGGAGCAACUGGAACAGAGCCUAAAAGAGACAGAAGCCAUUUUGCUUCAGACAACCCAGGAAAAGGAGACACAGAUGACAGACCAUCAACUUGAAAUGGAGAAACUGCAGGGUGAAGCUGACGACAGCAACAGGAAGUUGGAGCAGCUGGGGGAGAAACUCAAGGAAAUGGAGGACAUUUUGGCUCAUACCACUGGCAAAUAUCUGCAGGACAAUCAACUUACAGACAGGAAACUACAGAGUCAAGCGGAGGACAGAGACAGGAAGAUGGAGCCGCUGGAACAGAGACUCAAGGAGGCUGUUGACAUUUUGGCUCAGACCACUGAUGAUAAGGACAAACGGAUGCUAGAAAAUCAACUAGCAGAACAGAAACUACAGAGCCAGACAGAGGACAGCAAUAGGAAGUUGGAGCAACUGGAUCAGAUGUUGAAAGAGAAGGACGUCCUGUUCAUGCAGAGCACAGCAGACAAGGAGAUACAACUGACAAACUACAAACUCACAGUAGAGAAGCUAAUGUCUUAUAUCACCAUCAAUGAACAGAUGUUCAAGGUAACGAGAAUAGGUUCCACUAGAGCCAUAUAUAGGUGUACAUAAUAUACUACCUUUGUCAAAAAUGUUCUGUCUCCUCUCUUUCCUUUAACCACAGACGUUGAGACAAGGCUGCCAGAAACUAAUUUAUAUUUUCUCUUUGAAGGAGUUCAGAGAACAUCACAGCCAGAUUCUGGCCAAGCACACGCUGGAGCUUGAGGACUAUGGGAAGAGGCAGGAGCAGCUAUCCACAGCACAGAUUCAGAUCUCUGCCUCCCUGCAAGAGAAGUGCUCAGAGGUCUCUGAACUCAGACAACUUCUGACUGAGAGGGAGCAGAUCAUCAAGGUACUGUAGAUGUGACCAUCAGAACUGGGGUCAAUUCUAUUGUAAUUCAAUCAAUUUCUAAUUUCCUACUCGUAUCAAUCUUACUGUGGGUUUUUGAUUAGGGCCUGGAGCAGCUUGCAGUCCAAAGGGAGAGGAGGAGAUCUAAUCUGUGUCUGAGAGAGACUCUGGACCCUGACAACCACACUAUCCCAGAGAACAGUGAAGGUGAGUGUAAGUGGUCUGCCUGUGGUCUGGGGCGGUCUGUAGCUGAAGUAUGUCAUUGUAGCAGACUCAUAAAGACUCUUACUCUCUCAUUCCCAUUUUCCUUUCUUUCUUUCUUUCUUUCUUUCUUCCUCCCUCUCUUUUAUUUUCUGUUUCACUAUCUCCUCCUCCCUCCUCCCAGUUCCUCCAACUGAGGCUGGCCCGACCAAGUGUGAGAGGUGUCUCCAGCUCUUGCAGAGGGAGAAUGGCAGUCUGCUGGACAGACUGAGGGCUAGCAAACGCCUCAACGAGACCCUGCGCAGCCAGCUGGACCUGUGCAGAUCCAUUAUGGCUCAGAGAGAGGGGGGUGAUGGACGCAGUUUCACCCCCUCCAACUCACUCACAGUGGAAGAAGAAAUGGAGGAGCAGCAGCAGGAGAUCUUGAGGCUGAGACAGAGUCUGGAGGAGAGCAUCCAGGCAAACGGAAGGCUCCAGGGGCAACUGGAGAACCAUAAGGCCCAGCAGGCAGCAACUCAGACAGGAGCCCAGCAGGCAGGGACAGAGAUGGGCCAGAACCACCCAGGUCAGACAGACAUAGGGUUAAUUAUUUAUUUAUUUAGGGCCGAAUUAUAACUUGAGAUGCACACUUAUAUUGGACUUUCACAUAGAUCAUGCAUUAAUGUCAAUGAAAGAGUUACAUGAAAACUGCAGUUACACUAAAGUUCAUUAGCCAACAAAUGAUUUUACAAUAACAACCUAGUUAGUCAAGUGGUGAACACACUUACCUUCACACUUAACUGUGUGACUGUUCGGAGGGAAUAAUCAGGGGUGAGCUGUUACUGUACAUGCUUUUGUCCUGAUGUCCAGGUGUGCAUGCUGAGUCAGAGCGACUGAAGGUGGCUCUGGUUGAGACAGCCUGUGAGCUCACACGGCUCCAGAGAGAGAGUGACACGCUGAGGGAGGAGAGAGAGAAGCUGACAGAGGGGCUCGCACGCUCUGAGGACAACAACAGGAGCCUGGAGGGCUCACUCAGCUCCACACGGGAAGAGAUAGACAGGUUGGAGGAAAUAGGAAUAAGUAUAGGAAAUAGUCCAAUCUCCAGACUCUUUCAUCCCAGCCUUGACUUUUAGUAUUCCAUUGAAUUAUAGCCUGAGGCAGAGGUUCUUUGGCUUGACAAUGGCACUGCAGAACAGAUGGCUAAAACAGAACUGGCUCUUAGGCUGAUCGAGUUAGAUGUUGAUGGUCAAAUAGAAGACUUGAUGUGAGUUUAUUUCACUGUCUAAGGUUGAAGGGCGAGCUCGGUGCCUAUCAAAAACAGCUCACCAACAGCAAUGAGCUCCUCAAGACAUUUUGUGUGGAGAUACAGGGGUCCAAGCAGAUGAGAACAGCUGCAGUCAACCCCACUGGUAAUGUAUACAAGAAGGUCCCUCACUUUUUCUCUCCAUCUACAGUUAUACUUGCUAGAUGUGAUGUUGAUUCUGUUGAGUUGCUACUCUUUUAUUCAGCAUCAGAGUUUGGAGGCGGUCUCCAGGACAACCCCAAGCUAAAUCAACUCCUCUCUGAGAUCCAGCGAAUCAUAGCACAGCUUGCCGGUAAGGACACGACACAGACUAAAGCCACAGAGGAGAAACUCCCUGAGCAUUCUGGUUGGCCCGAGUGCCCUCCAAAGAUCAUUAACAUCAACUAUGUGGAGUGUGGCGCUUCCAGGCAUUCAAGCAGGAGCAGUCCUUCAGGUACAAGUAAGAAAUGUGAAAUGUCUCAGUGAUCAUUAUGUAUGAUGAUGGGGUAAAAAGCUUAAUUGAAAUGGCUUUAUGUCCCUCAUAUCACCAUCAAGUCUACAUAAAUGUAACACUAGUAAUCAAAUUAUCUGUCAAAUAUAGGUUUCUGCUUCGAAAAAAGCAACACCUUGGUUGACUUGAAUGGCAAAUUCAACUAAAUUCAGUGACUUUAUCACAACUGUUUUUAUUAUUCAGGGAGAAGAGAUCAUGCCAAGAAGGACAAGGACAACCUCUCUCAAAGCAGCCAUAACUCCAGCAUAGAUGACUCGGUCCCAUCCUUAUUGAACAGUAGCCUAUCCCCACUGUGGGCCAAUGACAAGAGCCCUCAUGUCACUGGCCAUGAAGAUGAUUGCAUCACCCUGCAGAGACUGAUAUCAGAAGGGAAGACAAUGACCAAUAAGAUGAGUAGGCUACUACAGGAGUGCCACAACAACAACUCCCAUCCCAAGUCACAGUCAGCAGUGAGUCCUCUGGGAUUUGAAUGUAUCUUUAGUGGUCCCCAAGGGGGAAUUGAAAUGCCACCAGUUUCAAUAUUGUGAUUAUUAAUAUUUUCUCCAAACCACAUUUGAAAUGUUUUGUUCACGUGAUUAAAGUAGUGCUCAUUUUUCCUUUCAUAAUUUAAUCUCACACUGGUGCUGUUUGAUGUCACUACGAUUCAGGUGGACCAGAAGUACAUCAAGCAUAUCUCAUCAACCAUCGGUGCUAACCAGCAUGCUUUGGAGCAAGCCUGUCAUCUUCUGAGGCUCCAAGAGAGGCGUUCUCAGACUGACUCUGUGAAUAUAUACCAGAGCCAAGAGGUAAAGAUAUCCUCCCCAUGUAUCACCAGUCAUGGUUUAAAUGUGAACACUGCAGCUCACCUCACAUGCAUUUUGUCUGAGCAACAUUGUAAAAUUAGGUGGCUGGGGAACUUGGAGAUCAGAUCUUUGUGGCAGUUAAAAAUAUAGAUUGUAUAACAGCAAUGCAUAUUCUUAACUUGUAUUCUCUACAUGUUGGUUUUCCCCUCAGGACUUCUACUUGGAAAACCUGAAACUGAAGAAGAAAAUUGAGAUAAUGAAGAGGGAGCAAUCUCAAAAUAAGAAGAUGCUUUCUGAGGCCGUCAAACGACUGAGAAGAGUGAAUCUGGGGAAAGUGGGGAGACUGAGUGAAUAG